CCUCCCAAUCCGAAUUCCGAAACAUCAUUUAUCAAAAUCUCCUUGUCGUUCAGAGCACGUAGGCGAACCGACACCAAAAUCCUCUCCUCCCGUCCCCCCUCCAUAGCACCACAACUUUCCAGUGCAUCAAAAGCAGCUUUUCAUCCUCACUGAAGAAACAUACACAAUAGCCCUCCACAAACUUUUGACCAUAUAAUCACUGUCAAUAACACGAGCAAAAAUUAUGAGCCAACAAUGGAUCAUUUUUCUUUGUUCUUACCACCCCUUCCUUUUAUCCUGUAUAUAAAUUUAUAUAUACAUAUUUAUACUAUUUUUAAUUGAAGUACUCAAAAAUAAAUAGAAGAUCCUAUGUAUGUAUAUGUAUAUGAGCUCCUUGUCGUAUGCAUUUAAGGUUGUUCACCUUUCGUUUCAAAGAUAUGCAUAUUUUUCAAUUGAUUUUCCGUAUGAUGAUGGGGUAUGGGGUGGAUGGAAGUCAGUGGGGCCCCAUUUCUAGACUGUCACAACUGUCUUGAUUCUCAAAUGAAUGUUCCAUGACCCGCAAGAAAAUUGGAUUAUCUGAUUGACAAUUUCUUGAUCUGAAUUCAAUUAAAAAGAAAGAAAGAAAGAAAAAAAUACUCCGUAUUACCCUUAUGCAAUGAAAAUAUAUCAUCACCUGGGUCGUUUUCUCUGACGCCUGAUGUGCGCGUUAUCGUAUGUAUAGGUCAGAGGUUGACGAACUCUCUGCUUCUGGAAGAUGAUCCAGAGCUGCACAGAGAAACAGAGAGUUGACAAUGGCGUAUUAGAAGACGGCAAAGUUCUUGGCAUCCUCCAUGCAAAACAAGAAAAAUCGUCGUGGUGGUGACGAGAAUGUCCCUGCUAGCGCCACGCACACCGGUGGUCUGUUGCUUUUUGCGAGUCUCAAACACGCCUUGGUAAAAGUAGACAAGCUUCUGACUUGUACUCUUUGUACACACACACAUACGAAGAAACAUGAUGGGAAGACCUACGUCAAUAAGAAGGCAGCAAAAGUAUCAGGUGAAAACACUGCCACCGGAGGCCGGCACCCUCCUAUCAACGUGACGGAGGCGGAGGUGCUCAUUCAGAGGGUCGGGAUCACCGCGGAGCAGUUCAAGGAGGUGUUGGCGGCCUUGACCCCAAAUCGCGAGGUUGUGGUGGAGGACGCGACCGGAGAACCUGCAGGAGGAAAGGCUGGGCCUGCAGGCUCAGGAGGAAAAAAGAAGAAGAAAGUAAGGCGGUCCAAAAAGAAGAAGGUGACCAAGCCCAAUAGAAAGGCAAGGGUGGAGGACGAGCUGUCCAUACUGGACAAGGAAGAUGAGUCGUCCUCCUUUGAACGGGCAUCGGCCUUCGAUCGAUUGGGAGAUCCCACAUCAAAGAAGCCCCGGACCUCGGCGUUCGAUCGGCUGCAGGAUACUCGGUCAGUUCGCAAGGGCGGCCUGAGAGAAAAACUCAAGGAGAGGAGAGGAGAGUCCUCGGCAACAUCUAAGAUUGGCUCGGAAGAGCGACAGAAGGUAGUCGAGGACAAAGAAGCGACCGAGUUACGGAGGAUGUACGAGCGAUUGGAGAAGCAGUUGGAUGUACGACCCAGGAUCACCUCGCUCGCUUCGGGGCGAACGUGGUGGGAGAAGGAGGCUAGGGACGUCCAAGGGGCGGACGACCAGGCCUUGCUCCAAGCGGCACUCCCCCAAGGGGAUGUGCGCAAGGAGCUGCGACGAAACCCGCUCUCGACCUACCAAGAGAUGCUAGCCAGGGCGAAGUAUCUGGCGUUGGAAGAAGAAGAGGCCGAGCCACCCGUCCAGAAGGAGAAGAAGAGCGGACAGCCGGUGACAGAGGGAAGAAAGAGGAAGGACUUUGGAGGGGACUCGACGUCCUCACGGAAGAAGUGGAAGAAUAUGGUGCACCUAGCUGAGGUGCAAAGGCCACCGCUACCCAAGCGGAAGAAGAAGGAACCAUUGAUCUUCACGGAUGAAGAUUACCCACCAGUUCUCAGCCCCCAUCGGGACGCAUUGGUGAUAAAGGUGGAGAUCAAUAACGUGGUCGUCCAUCGCACGUUGGUCGAUACUGACAGCUCGGUCAACAUCAUGUACAGCAACACUUUCAGGGAGCUGGGGUUGUCCCGGAGCGACCUUAAACCAAUACGUACCCCGCUGUCAGGAUUCACGGGGGACACCAUUGAAGCGGAAGGAACCAUCACGGUGAAGGCGUGGGUAGGAGAUGGCACCCACCGACUCUGGCUCGACAUGGAAUUUAUGAUAGUGCAGCUUGACUGUGCACACCAUUUGAUCAUUGGGCGACCAGAGUUUGUCCCGGUCAUGCUAUGGGCGACCAAGAGCCAAGCACGGGUCGAUGAGAACGUUAGCACGAUCUGCGCCGCGAUGCAGAAGGAAGAAGGUCGACCCAGAGAAGAGCCGGUGGAGGAGGUAGAGGAACUUGCUCUGGACCCAUCCAAGUUGGAGCAGAAGGUAAAGGUAGGUAAGACCCUACCACCUAGGCUGAAGGAGCAGCUGAUGGGAGUUCUCCGUUCGUUCAAAGUGUUAUUCGCUUGGGGUCCAGAGGAUAUGCCUGGAGUCGACCCGCAAAUCAUCUGCCAUAGAUUAGCAGUAGAUCCGGCCCACAAGCCGAUCAAACAGAAGAAACGUUUCCUUUCCUCAUAGAGGAGAGACUUUGUCACUAAACAAGUGACCACCCUGCAAUCCAUCGGGCACAUCCGGGAAGUCCGCUAUCUGGAGUGGUUG